AUGGCGACUCUCGCAGAUACAACAAGCAUCCCCCGUACACCCACUCUACCAACAUAUUCUUCAGCGACAGAUACACCGCCAACGGGUGAGACGGAACUCGCCGAGCUCUCACCGUCGACAUCGUCCUCCAGUCUCCCGCCGACCUACGACGACGCCACAGCCUCCACAUCGUCAGCAAUUGUCACGACAAUCCGCGGUCCCACAGACGGUUCGACAAUCAGCGACAGUCCGCCGUCACCAACCACAGAUUCCUUCACCCCGACGGCGCAGUUCCAGAUCGAGACCUCCGGCAAGCAAUGGUUUUCCCUCCCCACCGGAACCCGACCAGACCCGAUCCCCGUCUUCCGCGUCGAAUACGGGUCGUGGUCCCAGUACUCCCAGCCCGUCUACACCUCUCUCCGCUUCUCCCGCGGCGAUAGCAGCUGCCACCUCGUCCGGGACAGCGACGAGUCCCAGACGCCGGUGUGCACCACGCUCUACCGCUUCGGGCCCGGAAAACCCCCCGUCUUUCGACUACCCAAGUCUCCUUCCCCGUCAUCGUCCGGAGAAACCUCGCCCGGUGCCGCCGAGAGCGAGGGCGUCGACCUGCAGAUAUUCUCCAAGUCCGUCACCUCCCGAACCCAGGUCCUCAAAACGCCCUACGGGACACUGCGGUGGCGAUACGCCUCCAGCAAGGAGCGCGCCGCCGUCGAGGGCGCGGACGAGCUGCUCGUCUGCGAGCUCAUGGAGAAGGUUGCGACGAAAAGCUUCAAGAUGGAGGAGAAGACGACGAGGAUCGCACAGCUCGUCCGCGGAGAGGGGACGAGGACACGCGGGACCGGGAGGUCUACGGCCGGCAAUGGCGGGCGAUUGAUGAUGGACCUUUUCAGGUGGACGGAUUUGAAGGGUGGAGGCAAGGAAGUGGUCGAGGGUCUGGUUAUCGCGAGCUGUAUUUGCAUGCUGAAGAAGGAGGUCGAUCGGAGGAGGAUGCAGCAAUUCAUGGUUCUGGGGGCUGGGGCGACUAUUGCUAUUUAA